AGGGCUGUGGCGGCCAAUCGCGCGGCGCCACCCGCGGCCGGCCCAGGCCGACGCGCUUGCUUCUCCUGCCGGCGGCACCGGUCGGGGAGCCAUGCCGGUGGAGGACGUGGCCCCAGCCUCUGGUAUCGACAGGCGCGUGCGGCUCGGCCGCUUGGUGGAGGUGCCGUCGGAGGAGCUCGCCUUCGUCACCGAGACGGCCAUUGCCGAGGUGCUUCAGCCACAGGCGCUCAACGGCGGCAACCUGGUGGACAUCUACCAGAGGCGGGAGGAAGAUUUCAUGGCAAAGUCCACCAUGGAGGUGUGGUACUACGAUUCAGACGGCGCGCAGGUUCGCGAGAUGAUGUUCGUCAUGGAUCCGAAUGCCCGACAAGUGCCUCGGGUCACGAUUGGGCCCGCCCGAGGCGGUGAAAGGCAUGCACCGGGCCAUCGCCGUGCUGACCCGGAAGGACGUCUUCUACUUCAACCCGAAGGCCUACGAGGACACCGUCACGAAGGACCCUGCUCGUGGAGAAGCUCAUCCAGGGGAAAGUGGCAACGCUUGAUCGGGCCCUCGAAGAGAAGGAUUCCCGGACAAGGAGAUCGAGGAGCUCAGGCAGAGGGUCACGUCGGUCCAGAGCGAGCACAAGUCCGACAUCUCAACCCUCAGGAGGAGCCUGGCGACCCUUCCACUGGACCAGCUCUUCCACAUUCUCAGGACGGCCGAUGUGCAGCCGCCUUCUACGAGCACGUCGAGCGCCUGUUGCGCGACAGGGGCGGAAGGCUCAGCGCCCCGCCGUCCCGCAGUAACUCGGCGACGCCGUCUCUGUUUGUCGCCCACCACCCGGACGCCUCGUUCACUGGUACCACCCCCGACUCCGGCCAGCCCGCGCGCUCGGCCGCCGAGGC